UCCGCCAGGUGAGUCCUCGGGAGACGGAGGCCAGAGCCAGCGGCGGCUGUUCACCGUGAGCGAGAUGGCGGCCGUGGGAGGGGUGCUGGGGGCGCUGCUUCUCCUCAGCCUGAUCCUGCUCGGCAUCUUCACCUACAAGCAUUACGGGGACCGGAUGAAGUGCGGCCCCGGCGGCGCGUCCGCGGGCGGCGACGCGGGGGGCUCGGGGUAUGACAACGACGCGUUCAAGGACCACGAGUCGCCCAACUGGGUGGCCUUACCCAGCCCUAGCCUGAAGCCGGGCUCCCCGGCUGUGCCCCCCGAGGAGCAACCCCCGGCCCAGCCCGGCCCGGAGCUCCAGAUGCCCGAGACUCAGGUGCCCGGCCCUGCAGGCCCGGAGGCUAUGCAGGCGGAGAAGGCCGAGAGCAAGGGCGCGACGUCCCCCGGCAGCCAGGACAGGGCCAUGAGGUCCAUCCUGACCAAGGAGCGCAAGGCAAACGACAGCGGCUACAAAGCUGUGUGGUUUGGGGAGGACAUUGGCGCUCAGGUGGACGUGGUGGUCAUCAACAGCCCCGGGGCCGAGGAGGAGGCCAUGGGGGAGCCCGGGCCAGCGGAGGAGGAGGAAGAGGAACCUGAGGCCGAGCAGAGCCAGAGCGUGGAACAGAGGGCGGCGGGUGACAAUGGGAAGAGAGAGGCCGAGGACCCUGAGGUUGAGGUCGAGGCCCUCUGAGUCACGUCCUGGCCUCCCCCAGCACCCAAGGGUGCUGCUCACCUUCCACGGCCUGGACGUGAGGGAGCUGGGGAGGCACGGACAGAGGGACCCCCCCUUGGCACCGAUGAUGCCCUCCCUGGGCCCCCCCCCCCAUUAAACAUGCUGAGUUAAUGGUGCCUCUGAG